AUGCAUAUCUAUCUAUCUAUCUAUCUAUCUAUCUAUCUAUAUAUGUAUGUAUAUAUGUAUCUAUAUAUCUAUAUCAGUCCGUUUCUAUCUAUCUAUUCUAUCUAUCUAUGUUCAUGGCUUUCUAUUUUGCGCUUUAUCUUUUUCUCUCUCUCUCUAUCUAUGUCCGUGUCUUUCUAUUUCACCGUUUCUAUCUAUCUAUCUAUCUAUCUAUCUAUCUAUCUAGGAUACAAAUAUCCCAUCUAUCUAUCUAUCUAUCUAUCUAUCUAUCUAUCUAUCUAUCUAUUUGUUCUAACUUUAGCUCCAAACCAUCUAUUUGUUGAACUCUGCUCAAAACCAUCUAUCUAUCUAUCUAUCUAUCUAUCUAUCUAUCUAUCUAUCUCUGCUCAAAUCUUUCUGACAUCUAUCUAUCCUUUUCAUUUUCUAUCUAUGUAUCGCACUCUGCUCAAAUCUAUCUAUCUAUCUAUCUAUCUAUCUAUCUAUCUAUCUAUCUAUCUAUCUAUCUAUCUAUCUAACAAUUUAGAUAUCCAGCUAUCUAUUUCUAUCUGGCAAUAUUUGUCGAACUCUGCUCAAAUCUAUCUAUCUAUCUAUCUAUCUAUCUAUCUAUCUAUCUAUCUAUCUAUCUAUCUAUCUAUCUAA